AUGAACUCGAACUUCAGUGGUCCAAAAUUGUUUACUUUCGUUCUUUCACGAGAACAUGGCUAUGCAGCUGGUGUUGCCUUAACUUCAUGGGUUGCAUUGCAAUACAUGGGAGUCAAUGUCAUGAAAGCACGCAAACGAUUCAAUGUUGAUUACCCAGCACUCUAUGCAAGCGAUUCAAAUCCUCAAGGCAGAUUAUUUAACUGCGUCCAACGUGGACAUCAAAAUACCUUGGAAAACUAUCCUCAAUUUCUUUUGAUGUUGGGCUUAGGUUCAAUUCAAUAUCCACUUAUCUCAUCCGUUGGUGGUGCCAUAUGGAUACUUGGACGUCUUGUUUAUUUUCAAGGCUAUUCAUCAGGCGAACCAGAAAAGCGACGAUAUGGAUCGUUCGAUCACAUUGGAAUGUUCGUCAUGCUAGGUUGCGCCAUCAAAACUGUCUAUGACAUUGUUCGCAAAUAA